AUGCAUAGCAGCAGCAGCAGUAGCCGUAGCCGUAGCAGUAGCCGUAGCCGUAGCCGUAGCCGUAGCCGUAGCCGCAGCAGCAGCCGUAGCCGUAGCCGCAGCCGCAGCAGCAGCAGCCGUAGCAGUAGCCGUAGCCGCAGCAGUAGCAGCAGUAGCCGUAGCCGUAGCCGUAGCCGCAGCCGCAGCAGCCGUAGCAGUAGCCGUAGCCGUAGCCGUAGCCGCAGCAGCAGCAGCAGCAGCAGCCGUAGCCGUAGCCGUAGCCGCAGCAGUAGCAGCAGUAGUAGCCGUAGCCGUAGCCGCAGCAGCAGCAGCAGCAGCCGUAGCAGUAGCCGUAGCCGUAGCCGCAGCCGCAGCAGCAGCAGUGGCAGUAGCCGUAGCCGUAGCCGCAGUAGCAGUAGCAGUAGCAACAGCAGCAGCAGUAGCCGUAGCAGUAGCCGUAGCCGGAGCCGCAGCCGCAGCCGCAGCCGCAGCCGCAGCCGCAGCCGCAGCCGCAGCAGCAGCAGCAGCAGCAAUGGUGGUGGUCAGACAAUAUAUGGCAAUCAUUUCAUUCUUGUAACAUGUUUUUAA